AUGAGCUCUCGCUUCAAGAGUCUAGGCUUUGGUUCCAAACGAAAGAGUAGCGCCAACAUCCAGAAUAACUCCGCCGCCUCUCCCAACGGUUCCACUUCCACCGCUGGCACUCCCCCUCCUCCAAACUCUUCUCAGACCAGCUUGCAACAGCCUCCCAUGAACCAGCCUGGUGCUCCUGGUCGUCCUCCAAGCUACUCGUACAAUAACGUCGCUGGCCGCCCUCAAAGUCCUAUGCCCCCGCCUGGCCAAAAUCAAAUGGCUCAUCAUCCUCCCCCCAUCGAUACCUCUCGAGGUUAUGGUGCACCCGCCCAGCAGCUUGGUCCUCCUCAACCUCCUGGUUACGGCGGUGCUUAUGGUCAACAGCCCAUGGCGCCCCAGCCAGGUAUGCAGCACAUGGCAAACCAGUAUGGUCCUGCCCGCCCUGCUGAAGUCGAAGGAGGUGGUCGCAGCAAGGCUCAGCUGAUCGUCGGUAUUGAUUUUGGCACCACCUUUUCUGGCGUCGCCUUUGCCUUUGCGACAAACACCGAAGCAAAAGAGGACAUCAUUACAGAAUGGCCCGGUGCAGGAAAUCAAACAAAACAAAAGAUUCCCACCGUCCUCUACUAUGAUCAAUACCAGAAAGUCGUCGGCUGGGGCCCGGACAUUGCUGAUGCUCUCGCCCCCACUGGCUACCCGAAGCCAGGUGUUCAGAAGGUUGAAUGGUUCAAGCUCCAGCUCAUGCUUUCCGGGAACACUUAUAUAGACCCCAUCAAUUUGCCCCCGCUUCCCCCUGGAAAGUCCGAGAUCGAUGUUGCGGCAGAUUAUCUCUUCAAGCUGAGACAGGCCAUGAGGGUUCAGUUACAAAAGACUCUGGGUGAAGUGUUCAAUCGAGAAGAACGAAAUAUUCGAUACUUCUUGACCGUCCCUGCCAUCUGGAAUGAUGCUGGAAAGGCGGCUACAAGAGCUGCCGCAAUUCAAGCUGGCUUCAUCCGAGACGAAAAUGACAACCGAUUGACUCUCAUCACCGAACCCGAAGCCGCUGCCAUGUUUUGCUCAAAGACCGGCCUCCUCAACCUCAAAAUCCACGAUGCCGUACUUAUUGUCGAUUGUGGUGGUGGUACUGUCGAUUUGAUCGCAUAUGAAGUCGAAGAAGAAACUCCAUUUACUGUGGCCGAAUGCACUGCAGGUAGUGGUGAUUCUUGUGGUUCGACUGCUCUGAACCGAAACUUCUCAAACAUCCUUCGAGCAAAGAUCAGAAAGAUGAAGCUCCCUGAUGGCUCCAAGACCGCCGGCAGAGUGUACGCCAAAUGUAUCAUGGAUUUCGAGAACAGGAUAAAGGCCGAUUUCCGCAACAACGGUCAGAAAUGGGCUGUCGAUGUUGGUAUCGAAGCUGAAUUCCCCGAAGCCGGUAUUGAAGAAGGUUAUAUGACGUUCACCAACGAAGAAAUCCUGCAAUGUUUCGAACCUGUCGUCAAUCGGAUUCUGGAACUGGUGCGAAAUCAAAUCAUCGCCAUCCAAGCCCAGAACAGAGCGUUGCAGAACGUCUUGGUUGUGGGUGGUUUUGGUGCUUCCGAGUAUCUCUUCCAACAAAUCAAGCUGCACGUCCCCCCUCAAUUCCAAUCCAAGGUGGUCCGACCUAUGGAUUCCGUCGCUGCAAUCGUGAAAGGCGCCGUGACCGCCGGUAUCACCGAAAAAGUCAUCACUUCUCGUGUCGCACGCAGACACUACCUCAUGGCAACCUUACAACCAUUCAAGGAGGGUCAUCAUCCAGAACAAUAUCGUGUACCCAGUUUGGAUGGAAAAGACAGAUGCAAGUACACUCGACAAAUUUUCGUCCAAAAAGGUGAACGAGUCAAGAUUGGCGAACCCGUCAAGGUUUCCUUCUUCAGACAGGUUGCUCCUGGUGCUACGCUCAUGUAUGAGGAUAUUUUAUACGCCUGUGACGAAGACGUCUGCCCUGAAUAUACGAAAGAUCCUCGGAUCAAGGAGGUCGUUACCCUAACCUCAGAUCUGUCAAGAAAAAAUCUGGAAAAAGACUUCGAGCGCAUGGAUACACCGCAGGGAACCUUCUAUCGUGUCUACUUCGACAUCUAUCUGACACUUGAUGGAUCUGAAUUCAACGCUGAACUGGUCUGUCAAGGCGAAGUCAUGGGCAGAUGUAGUGCCAGGUUCAGAUAG